GCCUGAACAGAUUAUAACUCAAAUCACUUGUCAAAAUUCGCCCACUUCAGUACUUAACCCAAGUGCUGGCCAUAUUCUGCACUCAUAAUCGCAGAGUUUUGUGGGCCGUGCGGAUCUUAAAUGUGGUUCGCUUUCUAUGUGAUCUUGGCGCUGCCGCUCCUUUGGCUCGCACAUUUGGAGCUAAAGUCGCUGAGGAGGAGGAGAAUACUUAACCAGUUCAAGGGACCCAAAGUACUGCCAAUUGUGGGCAAUGCACAUCAGCUGGGCAAGACACCGCCAGAGAUUAUUGAGCAAAUGUUUGAUUGGUGGCAUCAACAUGGCAGGGGCAACUUUCGCUACUGGAUUGGAUACUAUCCCAAUUUAAUGGUCACCAGUAACAAGUACUUUGAGUUCAUUCUCAGCAGUCAGACACUAAUAACAAAGGCAGAAGUCUAUAAGCUCACCCAUCCCUGGCUGGGUUUGGGUCUGCUCACCAGCACGGGCAGCAAGUGGUUCAAGCAUCGGAAGAUGAUCACGCCCUCCUUCCACUUUAAUGUUCUGCAGGACUUUCACGAAGUGAUGAACGAGAAGUCCACACAGUUCAUCAGCCACCUGAAGCAAGUGGCGGCUGGAGACAGCAUUUUCGAUUUUCAGGAGCAGGCCCAUUACCUGACCCUUGACAUAAUAUGCGACACAGCAAUGGGAGUAACGAUAAAUGCAAUGGAAAACCGAGACUCUGAAUUAGUACAUGCCUUCAAGGACAUGUGUUACAACAUCAAAGUAAGAACAUUUAGUUCGUGGAAACGCAACGAGACGCUCUAUCGAUUUGCCUCCGACUAUCCCGCCUACUUGAAGACGGUGAAGAUGCUGCAAGACUUUACCCACGAUGUCAUCGAGCAGCGCUUGAAGGCGCACAAAGAGGGCACCGCUGCAACAAGUCAGAGCGAUGAGUUUUCGCGGAAGAAGCUGGUUUUCCUGGACACCCUACUUGCAGCAACAGUUGACGGUCGCCCGCUCACGUCGCAGGAACUGUACGAGGAAGUCUCCACAUUUAUAUUCGCAGGCCACGACACGACCACCUCGGCAAUUUCAUUUGCCGUCUAUCUGCUCUCCAGACACCAAGACGAGCAGCGAAAAUUGUACGAGGAACAGCGCGAGGUGAUGGGUGACUCCGGACUGAGUCGGGAAGCAACCUUCCAGGAAAUCUCCCAAAUGAAAUACUUGGAUCUGUUCAUCAAGGAGGCGCAGCGUAUUUAUCCAAGUGUUCCAUUCGUUGGUCGUUACACCGAGAAGGACUAUGUGAUUGAUGGUGACCUCGUGCCUAAGGGUACCACUCUACAUAUGGGACUAAUGAUGCUCGGCUACGAUGAUCGUGUAUUCAAGGAACCCCAUAAAUUCCGCCCCGAGCGCUUUGAGGAGCAGAAACCUGGACCCUUCGAGUAUGUGCCCUUCAGUGCCGGUCCCCGCAAUUGCAUUGGCCAGAAGUUCGCUCUGCUGGAGAUCAAGACGGUGGUGUCCAAAAUUAUUCGCCACUUCCAAGUGCUGCCUGCCCUGGACGAGCUAGAGUCCAAAGAUGGGUACAUAAGUACUACCCUGGGAUAUCGGCCUGAGGAAAAGAAGAAACGCGACUUGCAGCGCCACAAAUACGAUCCCAUUCUGUUGGCCGCGAUGAGCCUGAAGUCAGAGAAUGGCAUUUAUCUUCGCCUUAAAAAAAGGUUUUAGAAUAUCCACUUGAAAUAAGUACUCUUAAUUCUGGCAUAUAAAGAAACAUCAUUCAAUGCUCAGCACACUUUA